UGAUCAAGGAUUGGCAAAUCUGCGCAUGCUAGGAAGUUGUGAGAGCUCAGCCGUCAGAAAGAUGUCGUAAACAUAGCAACAAAUAUAAUGGCAGAAGGUGGUGACGGAGAACCUGUGGCCAGUUCAUCUGGGACUCUGCGCCCGGCAUUCUCUUUGGGAAGAGGGCUGGCAGGACGCUCGCUACUGAAUCCUCCACCUCCAGGCAGACUCACAUCCCUACGCUCCAGAGACCUGACACUCGGGGGAUAUAAAAAGAAAACAUUCGUGCCGAACGUCCACUCCAUUCGUAAAAGCAAAGACGAGUUAAAAGAGGAGCCUCGUACCACGCCGAAGAAGGAGAGAAGAGAAAGGGAAGACCGGCAGAGAGAGCGCAGGCGCAGAGAGAGACCUCAGACUAUUCAGUCACACUCUAUUUUUGAGCAGGGUCCUGCAGACACCUUCAGGAAAACAGGAAGUUGGGGGACCACAAAUCUCAGCGACUAUGAUCCUUCAGUUGUUACGAGGAGUAUUAAAAAGGAGAGGAAAGUUCCAGAGGACGAUGACGACGGAAUUUUAGAAAAACUUCAACGAGAUGAUUUCAUAGAUGACCCUGGCCUGAAAAACGAUCCCAAGCAGACACCAAUAAGACUUCCACUGCACCAGUCAUUCGACUACUUGGCGACAGAGAACUCGACAUCUCUAAAGGAAGCGUCAUCUGAUCACACUUGUUCAAAGUCAGUAAAAACACACGAGAGGAUCCCAACACAAACUUCUGCACGUCCUCAGCCUCCGAGCGUCGGAGAUCUUUUCCAGCAGUUGAGCGUUUCCGAGAAGGAAGAGCUUUUAUUCAUCCAGCUUCCGGAUACCAUACCUGUCCCUGUUAAAGCUCUAAAAAGUGAAAAGUCUGUGAAAAAACGUGACGCUGAAGACAAGCGUGCCUCUCAUGUCAAAGCACAUGAUGCGGGGGAGAAAGAAGGUGCACCUGUUCUCUCAGACUUCACAGAAGGAUGCAUAGGAAAAAUGCGCGUUCGGAAAUCUGGCAAAGUGCAGCUGGUCAUAGGGGAUAUUACAAUGGACGUGUCAGAAGGAGCAGCUUUUUCUUUUCUGCAGCAACUGGUGUGCGUGCGGCUCACCGAGGGUCUGACCGGUGACAUGACGGUGCUGGGGGACGUCAGACACAAGCUGGUGUGUUCCCCGGACUUCGAGGCUCUCCUAAAAGGGGUCAAGGCUCCGUCACACAUCCGGCCACUCUCUUAAAUACCACUCAUCUAGGCUAAGCUUUCCAGACAGCCUACAAAGUCGGACAUUUGUAACGAUCAUGACUGAUUUACAGAAGAUAAGUGCUCUCUGUAUACAUGAGAGACAGGACGUUACUGUAUAUAUGCAUGUUGUUUUGAAUGUCCUUUGAUUAUUACGUUUUAAACUCAAUUUUAUGAGGUGA